AUGAUCCACUUGUUCUUGUCGGAGCCCAAUUGGAACGACGUCGUAGACGACGACGACGAUUCAACUCGAUCGAGAAUGUCCAUUCUGAGCGACUUGGAAACCGUUAUUUGGUCCGCGCUAGGUCGCGCCGAAGCGCGUUUAUGGCUCUGCAACACCGUCGCGGGUUUCAACUGCGUAACUUUCCUCGAUCAGCGUGAACUGUUUCGGGCUUUGCUCAGAACCCGAGGGAUGAAGCGCGAUUUGGCGUCUCAACUUCUGCAUUUCAUGUUCGACACCUCGCCGCACAAACUCGGUUCCGUUUUGGCUCAGAGGAGUCACGUGCUGGAGGUCUUUUUUCAAGGUAAUCCUAAGCGAGUGUUGCAGUGGUUUUCCUGCACUUCCUCUGGCGGGGGGCUAGUGCAGGGGAAAGGUUUCAGGGCACUGUCUCAGUUUGCAUUUAAAAAUAGGGAUAUUUGUUGGGAGGAGCUGGAGUGGAAAGGAAAGCAUGGGCAGUCACCAGCAGUGGUUGCUACUAAGCCCCAUUAUUUUCUGGAUUUGGAUAUUCAGCGAACUGUAGAAAACUUUUUGGAACAUGUGCCCGAGUUUUGGUCAUCUGAUGAGUUUGCUGAGUCAAUGGAGGAUGGUGAUAUUUUUUUCAUUGAUAGGUCAUUCUUUGUGCAAUAUUUCAUUGAUUUAAUGUAUAAGGAGGAAUUUAAAGACAUCUGGGAUGUUGUAAAUGAAUUCCUCAUGAGGCAGCCCUUCUCCUCUUUGUGUGGGCGACUUCUCAUUGCUCUUGAAGAUCAAGACUUAUGCUACUUUGUGGAAGCACUUUGUAAAUCUCUUGGCCCAAGAAUGGAACUUCAAGAUAUCAAUGACAUCUCUAAUUUGUUUGUGAUUUUAGUUUUUAAAUGUGGUGCUUAUGGAUCUAUUGACCAGUUAUUGCUGCUAAAUGCUGUCACUGCACAGGGGAGGCAGCUUCUACGUCUUUUACAUGAUGAAGAGGCUUCGGAGCCACAAGGAAAAAUCAAUGAAAUUGUGUCAAAGAUGUCUGCAAUCCCAAGCAAUCCUAAUAGCUUGACCCCAAUCUUCAAGAACAAAUGUAAGAUGAAGAUUAUAGAAGUCAUAAAGUAUCUGGGACUUCUGUCAUGGCUUCUUUACUAUAGACUGUCACAAGAAUGCCAGACCCCUGAGUCUUGGGAGUCUUUGUUUAUGAAUAAUCAAAUUGGUUUCCGUAACUUUAAUAAACAUGCAUUGAUAGAAGAGGAUCGACCAUCAGAAGAAGAUUGUUCUGGUUUUGAUAGCAGUUCUUCAGUUAGAGUAAAAAGUAGGAGAAAAAAGAAGGCUAGAAAGAAGAGGAGGACCUAUUAUAACAAUGAAGAUAGUGAUGAUGAUGAGCUGCUAGAUUAUGAUUCUGCUAGCCAUAAAUUAGUUUCUCUGUCAAAUACUAGAAGUUGGUUGCUGUCAACUGAUGGUUACUCUUCAGGAUUGAGCAGUGUGGAUGACAUUGCUUUUUGGAAAAUGAAGUCUUGCUCUGCUUCUUUGGAUCCACCAAAGAGACAUGCCAUCAUCAUCUCCAAACUGUUGGGUGGCAAGAUCAUUCAUACGUCGUCUGGAUUCUUACAGAAUAUACUGGACUUGCUGAGAUGGGAAAUAUCUGAAACGCAACUUGCGUUUCCGUAUCAUGAGCUUUUCAAGAAAGUGCUUGUACGCGCAGAGCGCACGCGCUGCCUUUCUAUCAAAGGGAGAACCCUCCGUACCCACUUUUAUUCCGAAGUUUCAACGUGGGAUUAUCCAAAGAAACUUUUGAGGCCUUCAGACCAAGUUGUUCUCUUCAUCGACCAACAUAAUCCUAAACCAACCUCCAUGGAAGCAGAAAAUUAUCAAGAGAAACCCAAGCACCCCUUAAACGUCAGAACUCUCAACCGUCUCAACUUCUCAAAACCCAAAUCCCGAAUCCAAGAGUACAACUAUGUUCCCCGCAACAAACUUGCAAACUCUGAAGAAGGUGACAUUAUCCAACCCACCUAUAAGCUCACUUCCAAUGACGAAGACGACGACGACGACGACGACGAUGACCGGAAAUGGGACAAGGAGGAGAUGGAGGAGGAUGGCUCAGAGCAUGGCCCAAAGUUGCACCAGAAGAGGAAUUUCAAAAUCAAGUGGAGACUCAUCAUGGAGUGGGUUUUGUUUCUCAAUAUAUUGGCAUGCUUGGUGUGUUCUUUGACCAUAUCUUCCAUAACCAACAUGCACGUGUUGGGAUUGGAGAUUUGGAGGUGGUGUUUGAUGGCAAUGGUUACAUUCAGUGGUCGUCUAUUUUCAGGGUGGCUAGUUGGUGUCAUAGUUUUCGUCCUUGAACGAAACUUCAUGCUAAGGGAGAAGGUGUUGUACUUCAUCUACGGGCUUAGGAAUAGCAUAAGAAACUGUUUGUGGUUAGGCCUGGUGUUACUCUCCUAUUGGAGCUUGGUAUUCGACGAUGUCCAAAAGAAGAACCACAAGUUUCUGAACAAGAUGUUUCAGGCGUUGGUGGCGGUUCUGGUGGGCGCAACCAUUUGGCUGGUGAAGAUCGUGCUGGUGAAGAUGCUGGCAUCCUCGUUCCACGUGACCACAUACUUUGACAGAAUGAAGGAGAGUGUUUUCCACCACUACAUUCUGGAUACGUUGUCGGGUCCACCCAUGGAGGACGCUGAGGAGAUAUUGCGGCAGCACCACCUUACGGGGUCCAAGUCCAUGCCUGCGAGGUUGAAGAUGAAGGAGGCAAAGAACUUGUACAAGUCCACGAGAUUUGGGUCGAGGAGGAUCGACAUGGAGAAGUUGAGAGAGCUAAGCAUGGAGAGCACUGCGUCUGCAUGGAGUGUGAAGAGGCUUGUUAACUAUGUCAGAUCUUCGGGCUUGUCUACCAUUUCCAGGACUGUGGAUGAUUUUGGCAAUGCUGAGUCUGAGAUCAGUAGCGAGUGGGAAGCUAGAAACUGUGCUCAGAGGAUUUUCAAGAAUGUUGCAAAACCUGGUGCCAAGUAUAUUGAAGAGGAGGAUCUUAUGAGAUUUUUGAAGAGGGUUGAGAUACAUACCAUAUUUCCACUCUUUGAAGGAGCUCUUGAAACGGGACAGAUCAGCAGGUCUUCAUUCAGAAAUUGGGUGAUUCGAGCAUAUUAUGAACGAAAAGCCCUAGCACAAUCACUGAAUGAUACGAAAACAGCAGUGCAACAGCUUCACAAAAUAGCAAGCGCAGUUGUUAGUGUGAUAAUAAUCAUUGUGAUGCUUUUGGUGAUGGAGGUGGCCACCCUCAAGAUAAUAUUAUUCUGCAUCACACAAACAGUUCUCAUAGGUGUUGCCUUCCAAAGUACCUGCAAGACUGUUUUGGAGGCCAUCAUCUUUGUCUUUGUCAUGCACCCUUUUGAUAUUGGAGACCGUUGCGUCAUUGAUGGAGUUCAUAUGAUCGUGGAAGAGAUGAACAUCUUGACAACAGUGUUUCUUCGAUAUGACAAUGAGAAAAUAUACUACCCUAAUUCAGUUUUGCUCUCUAAGCCUAUAAGCAACUUCUAUAGGAGUCCAGAGAUGGGGGAUGCUGUCGACUUCACCAUUGAUGUUUCAACUUCCAUGGAUACCAUUCUUGCCCUCAAGAAAUCAAUACAAAUGUACAUUGAGAGCAAGCCCAAGUAUUGGAAUCCAAAACACAGUUUGAUAGCCAAAGGAAUUGAUAAUAUGGACAAGCUAAAGUUGGCCUUAUGUGUGCAACAUACUAUCAACCAUCAGAACUACGGUGAGAGAAAUAUUAGGAUGACAGAGCUUCUCUUGGAACUGAAGAGGAUCUUUGAGAUCCAUGAUCUCAAGUACCAUCUUCUUCCUCAGGAGAUUCAGAUCACCCGUAUGAAUAUUGAACAUGGCAAAGAUCUGUUUCAAUCAUGA